GUCUUUUGGCCAAAAAGCGUCAUUACAACAUGAAAUACGGCAUCACAUGAUUAGAACUUCCGCACCACAAGAUGCCGUAGAACGACUUCGUCUCUCUGCUUGCACAUGCAAGGAAACCCAAUUUGAGUAUCGUAACAAGAAACAAACGCUUUCAUGUAGUUCAAGAAGAACCUGGAAAGGUUAUUGCGGAGGAAUAGUCAUGUCGCUGCUGGGUCUCACAAGAUUUCUCCUACUGCUGCUCGUCGGACUGUCGGCAGCCGCUCCUCCGUCCUUCCAAAUUGACUACCAGAACGACUGCUUCCGCAAAGAUGGAGAGAAGUUCCGCUACAUCUCGGGCAGCAUCCACUAUAGCAGGAUCCCAAGAGCCUACUGGAAGGACCGGCUGCUCAAGAUGUACAUGGCUGGCUUGAAUGCCAUCCAGACAUAUAUUCCAUGGAACUUCCACGAGGACUCCCCAGGCAUUUACGACUUCAGCGGCGAUCGAGAUUUGGAACAUUUCCUUCAACUGGCUCAGGAUGUCGGUCUGCUGGUCAUCCUUCGACCAGGGCCUUAUAUUUGCGCCGAGUGGGACAUGGGAGGACUACCUGCCUGGCUUCUCCAAAAGAAAGACAUUGUGCUGCGCUCUUCAGAUCCAGAUUACAUAGCGGCAGUGGAUCGCUGGAUGGGCAGGUUGCUUCCGAUGAUGAAGCCUUUCCUCUAUCAGAAUGGCGGCCCCAUCAUCAGUGUGCAGGUGGAGAAUGAAUACGGCAGCUAUUUCACUUGCGACUACAACUACAUGCGUCACCUCUACAAGCUGAUGCGGUCCUACCUGGGCCACGACGUGGUGCUGUUCACUACCGACGGCGCCUCGAUCGGUUUCCUCAAAUGCGGCGCCAUCCAAGGCGUUUACGCCACCGUCGACUUUGGGCCAGGUUCCAAUGUGUCAGCAGCGUUUGCUACGCAACGAUUCGCAGAACCUCGUGGACCUUUGGUGAAUUCUGAGUACUACACUGGCUGGCUGGAUCACUGGGGGUUGCCUCACUCCACUGUCUCUGUCAAAAAGGUGGCCGUGACCCUCAACGAGAUCCUGGUAAUGGGUGCCAACGUCAACCUAUACAUGUUUAUUGGCGGGACCAAUUUUGGAUACUGGAAUGGUGCCAAUUUGCCCUACGCCGCUCAACCGACCAGUUACGACUACAACGCUCCGCUCACUGAGGCCGGCGACCUCACCGAGAAAUACUUUGCAAUCCGGGAGGUGAUCAAAAUGUACCGCAAAAUACCCGAAGGGCUCGUCCCGCCAUCAAGUCCAAAGUUUGCAUAUGAUGCCGUUAAAAUGCAGCAGCUCCAGACGGUGUCUGAAGCUUUAGAUACCAUCUCCUUCUCUGGUCCAGUGGAGAGCAUGUUCCCUCAGACGUUCAUUGACCUCAACCAGGCGUUUGGCUAUGUGCUCUACAGGACUGAGCUGCCAAUGAACUGCAGCACUCCCACGCCGCUAUCAUCGCCCCUGAACGGGGUCCAUGAUCGAGCGUAUGUGUCUGUAGAUGGAGUUGCUUCUGGGAUUCUGGAGAGGAACAAAGUUUUAAGCAUUAACGUGACAGGCAAAGCUGGCAGUCAACUUGACGUCUUGGUGGAGAAUAUGGGCCGGAUCAACUAUGGAAAAGGCAUCAAUGAUUUCAAGGGCCUUGUGAGCAACCUGACGUUGAACAACGUCGUGCUCAAAGGGUGGACCAUGUACAGCCUCAGUAUCGACCAAGCGGUCGCCCAGGGCCUCUUUUGGGAAACAAAGCCCACGUCGGCCACCCCACUUCCUCCCACUGCCCUGUCACUUCCGGCCUUCUACGGAGGAACUUUCAUCAUUCCCAGCGGCAUCCCGGAUCUACCUCAAGACACCUUCAUCAGCAUGCCCAAAUGGCGAAAGGGGCAGGUUUGGAUCAACGGUUUCAAUUUGGGACGCUAUUGGUCGGCGCAAGGCCCUCAGUUGACUCUUUUCGUCCCGGCAAGCAUCCUCAGCACUGAUUUUCCCAACAAUGUGACAAUCCUGGAGCUGGAGGUGAGCCCGUGCCUUUUAGGACCAUGCACGGUGGAGUUCACAACCAUGCCCAUCCUGAACGCAACGGUGCACAGCGACCACAGGCAACGCUGGCCGAUGUUUAGAAAGGAUUUGCUUUAACAAAAAAGGGAGAAUGUGGUAUCUUACUGAAAUCACCAUGUGAUUUGUGACUGAUUGUAGUCUUUUCAUGAUUUGUGACUGACCUGUGUCAAAGUGUCUGAAAUGCUUGAUCACACCUUGGUAUUUUAAGGUUUUUAAUCAGUAUUUUGCCAAAAUAAUAGUUUUUAAUGC